AUGGGUAAAAAAGUACGUAAACCAAACAAGAACUCAAUUAAUUCAACUACUUUACCAAAUACUACAAUAGUUGAGCCACUCUUAGCAAAAUUUGAUUUACCAGAGGCCAAUUUUUUUGCAAUGGUAACUCAAAGUGUUGACUGUCAUCGAUUACGAAUUUUUGAUACACACAACAAUGUGAUAAAUAAUGAGUUUCAUUCGAUAAAAGAAGACAAAUUCACUUGUUUAACCUGGGGAAAGCUUUUCAUAAAAAACGAGAGUGGUGUUGAUGAAAAUCAAAAUAGUAAUGGUCAAGUUAAUAAUGGUAACAAGUUAAAGAACAAAAGAAAGCAACGAGAGUUUCAACAAGGAGAUUGUAAUAUCGUUAUAGCACUUGGGUUACAAAAUGGAUCAAUAGUAUUUUAUUCGAUUGCACACGGGGCAAUUAUUAAAACUUUAAAAGGAUCACACACACUACCAAUUAAUGAUUUUGUAUUUUUCACUAAAGAAAAGAGAGGUUACUCGUGUUCGGAUGAUUCGUUUAUUGUUGAAUGGGAUCUUGAAAAAUUUAAAGAGAUCGGAUUGUUAAGUACUAACAACGAUAUCAAAUUAUGGGAUCUUGAGACAAAAAAGGUUAUAAAAACUUUUACAGGGCAUGCGAGUAUUAUCACAAAUAUUAUAUUUUCUAAUGAUAAUAAAGUUUGCGUAUCAAGUGCAGAGCAUGAUCGAUACAUAAAUAAUACAUAUUUAUAUGGAGACAAUAUGACUGGUAAAGUAUACAAAGAUGUCAACUAUAAAAUGGCAUUAACUCCAGAUUCAACUAUUAAAACUAUAAAAGAUGAAGAUGGCGUUUCAAUAAUACCAAUUUUAUCUGCAUGUUUUGUUGAUCAAUCAGCAAAGAAAGAAACUGGAUUAGUAUUGAUAGCUAGAGGAAGUACUGUGAAACCUAUCUUUGAGAGAGUGCGGUUUACUGAUGAAGAAACUGGCGAAUUUCAAAAAGAAUUGAAAUUAUCAAGACACCAGCCAAUGGGUUUACUAAAUGAUGAAUCAAAUUUAGCUGCAAAAAAAUUGAAAGUGACACAUAAAGAAUAUGAUGAGUUAACAGCUAAUGUAAUAUUGCCAAACAAUCAUAUUUCAAUAUCUAAUGGAGAAUCUGAUAUGAUAAAUAUUAAUAGUGGACUUAAAAAUUUUGAGAAUUUGAAUUUAUCCAAUAAUCACAAAAACAAUGGCAACAGAAUUAAUAGUGAUAAUAAUAGUCUGGUUGAAGAAAACAGAAAAAUUCAGAAACCACAAGCUAAUUCAAUGCAACAAGUAUUAGUUCAAGCAUUGCACUCUAGUGAUGAACAUCUAUUAAAAGAAGUACUUAGUCAAACAAAUCUAGAAAUUAUAAAUAAUACAGUAAAAAAACUACCUACACAGUUUGUUGUGCCAUUUCUAGAAAGUAUGAUUGAUAAAUUUCAGGGGAACCCUAAUUAUGGAACAAAUCUUUUAAGAUGGAUAAAAUCUGUGUUAAUAAUUCAUAUGGCUUAUUUGAUGACGAUCCCUCGGUUAACGAGUAGACUCUCAAAUUUUUAUAAAACUUUGGAUACACGAUGUUCAUCAUUUCAAAAAUUAUUGAAUUUUCAUGGCCGACUUGAGAUAUUAACACAACAAAUAUCUACGAGAAAUUUAUUGACAAAAAAAGAUGAUGCAAAUAAACCCAAAAGUGUUUAUGUUGAAG